CUCCGGGAUUCCGUGCUACACAGCGCAAUGCCUCGUACAGAUGGGAAAGCUCUCGGUUUGGAACGUCUGUCAACUUUAGGCACCGCUCACGGCACUGGUGUCAAUGCAGGAAGCAUAUUACUGGCGGCCGAGCCCUCUGGAAACGAAACGAACACUGAGUUUUCGUCAGAUCUGGAUGGCUCACGAAAAGCACGUAUAACCUACGAGUUCAAUUAUUCGGCGAAAGACACCAUCGCAGGAAGAGAUCCUCUUGACGAAGGCCCUGUACUGCACCGUUCAGCGAUAAUCCGUUACGUUGGGAAGCCUCUUUGGGAGUACGAGACAUCGCUUCAUUGUAUCAAAGGGUGUGUAGCCGUUGUUUCUUCUCUGGAACGCCUGGCAUCACUCGACAUCCUUCACGGCGACAUCAAUCCGGGAAACGUACUACUUGCUACGGAAGAGUCUCCACAAAAGGAUAACGAAGGCUUCUUGUCUGAUCUGGAGUUCUUGUACAUUCCCGUAAUGAGGGACACCGUACCCCCACGACCAACCGAGAGACUCCCUGAACAUGUGGCAAGACGUGAUGGUACAUUAGUUGCUGUGGACCAAACCGCCAAUCAGGACAUUCAAGUUCACCAACUGCGAAACAUUAUAUAUUCCCUCCAGACGCGAAACUCGAGCGGAAGUAUCAAGGUCCUCCUAUCACGGGUACAGCUCAAUUCAUGGCUGUUGAGGUCCUGGAACACAUCGUGAAGCCGAAGGUUGGAUUCAAUCACACCCCCCCCCCCCCCCCCACGAUUUGGAAUCCUUCAUAUACGUACUGGUUUACGCCUUGCACCGCAGGGCACUGGCAUACAAUCGCGCACGGACUGUGACUCCCAAGAGGGCGGUAGUACGGCAAUUCAAUAUGUACUUUGGGCAAACAAGCCAUACAACUAUCUCGAACACCCGCCGCUCAAUGUCAUCUAAGCCAACUGAGGUCGAGGCCGUUGACGAAAUCUUUAUCCAAGAAGUCAUAGAUGGUUCCGAUUGGGUUCUCUGCGCGAUGUUGACUCAACUGUUGAUGUUAGUGGGGCAACAAUUGCGAAGAGGUGGUAAAGCCGCAUCUAAAGGAUUGACCCCGGAGCAACAGACCCAGCUGAAGCAAAUAACUUUGAAGAAGUUCAAAAAACCUGUAUCAGCUGAGCAACAAGAGCCUCUGUCCCAUGCUGACGUCCUUGAGGCAUUACACAAUGUAAAGGCUUUCUUGAUGGGGCAGGAGGAGGAAGGCGAGGACGAGGAUAUGACGAUGUAAUGUCAUUGUCUUCGUACCAAUGCCCUUACAACCAUGUGCAAGAUGUUAAGCGUCUCCAUCGAGUUCCAGACAUAGUUUGCUCCUGAGAAGCCUGAGCCGUGUUCUAGAGGCUAUGAUGCACAUAAUGAAUUGUGUCUUCCAUACGUCAAUUAUAUCAAUGCAAAGGCAUCUACUAUUUU